GAUACUGGGAGGAGCAUAAAAGACUGCUGGGAUAGCCCGGAUGCCCCUGCACUUUCCACUUGCAGCAAUGCAGAUAUAUUCCGCCGAAUAAAUGCCAUGUUGGACAACUCUUUGGAUUUCAGUGGAGUCUGCACCACGCCCGUCACAAAAAGCAAACGUGACAUCCUGCCAGACUUCCAGGACUCUGAAGAAGCAGUGGCAAGCAGGAUGCUUUUCCCCACGUCCACGCAAGAGUCUUCCCGUGGCCUCCCAGACACCAACGAUCUGUGCCUUGGCCUGCAGUCCCUCAACCUGACAGGGUGGGACAGACCCUGGAGCACCCAGGACUCUGACGCUGCAGCACAAACCAGCACACAGUCCGUUCUCAGCAUGCUGAGUAACCCUCUCGGAAAUGUCCUGGGGAAGCCCCCGCUGGGUUUCCUGCCUCUAGACCCCAUUGGUUCGGACCUGUCAGAAAAGUUUUCCACGCCGACAUUGAGGAGCUCCCGCCUGGACUCCCGCUCCCUCCUGGACUCCCGCUCCAGCAGCCCCUCGGACUCAGACACCAGUGGGUUCAGCUCUGGCUCCGACCACCUCUCAGACUUGAUUUCAAGCCUUCGCAUCUCCCCGCCUCUGCCCUUCCUGCCGCUCAGUGGGGUGUCAAGAGACCCCCUAAAGAUGGGAGUGGGGUCCCGGCUGGAUCAAGAUCAAGCUGCUCUGGCUGCAGUCACUUCCCCCCCAGCCAGUGCAUCGAAAAGAUGGCCUGGAGCAUCUGCGUGGCCUUCUUGGGAUCUCCUGGACUCUCCAGAAGACCCCUUCAGUAUCGAAAGAGAAGCCAGGCUUCAUAGGCAAGCAGCAGCUGUGAAUGAAGCAACCUGCACCUGGAGCGGGCAGCUGCCUCCCCGAAACUACAAAAACCCUGUCUACUCCUGCAAAGUGUUCCUGGGAGGAGUCCCGUGGGACAUUACGGAAGCUGGACUGAUCAACACCUUCCGUGUUUUUGGCUCACUGAGUGUGGAGUGGCCUGGUAAGGAUGGCAAACACCCACGCUGCCCUCCCAAAGGUAAUAUGCCUAAAGGAUAUGUCUACCUGGUGUUUGAGUCAGAGAAAUCCGUGCGUGCUCUGCUCCAGGCAUGCUCCCAGGACCUGCUGAGCCCCGAUGGGCUCAGUGAAUACUACUUCAAGAUGUCCAGCCGCAGGAUGCGCUGCAAAGAGGUGCAGGUGAUCCCGUGGGUGCUGGCAGACAGCAACUUUGUGCGCAGUCCGUCCCAGCGGCUCCAUCCCAGCAAGACGGUGUUCGUGGGGGCUCUGCACGGGAUGCUGAACGCGGAGGCCCUGGCAGCCGUCAUGUAUGACCUGUUCGGAGGGGUGGUCUACGCUGGCAUCGACACGGACAAGCACAAGUAUCCCAUCGGGUCUGGCCGUGUCACCUUCAACAACCAGCGCAGCUACCUGAAGGCCGUGACGGCUGCGUUUGUGGAGAUCAAAACUACCAAGUUUACUAAAAAGGUUCAGAUUGACCCGUACCUGGAGGACUCCAUGUGCCAAGUCUGCAGCGCCCAGCCUGGCCCUUUCUUCUGCAGAGACCAGAUCUGCUUCAAGUACUUCUGUCGCUCCUGCUGGCACUGGCAGCACUCCAUCCUGCCCCACCACCGCCCGCUGAUGCGCAACCAGAAGAACAGGGACUCCAGCUAA